AUGGCCGGCCUCUUGUUGACGGCGGCAGGCGGAGUAACACAAAAAGUGACGGCCGAGUAUCUGGCGGAGGAUUCUGGCAGCACGCUAAUAGGAAUAUCCAUUGCCUUUGCCGUCGUGACGACCUUUUUCCUUGGCCUGCGGCUCUUUGCAAAACGGUUUACUGCUAGUGGGUAUGGCCUGGACGACUACUUCCUAGCGGCCGCCUACGUGGUGGACCUAGGGAUGUGUGCCAUUGGCGUCGUCAUGGUCAAGGUCGGUGGCGUCGGGCGGCACGUUCAAUUCGUCGAGGAGAUGGACCCGACCCUCUUGACCGGAUGGGCAAAGUGCAUCCUCGCCUUCGAAAUCAUCUACUUCACCUCGAUCGCGCUGCCCAAGAUGGGUAUCAUCUUCCUGUAUCUGCGAGUCUUCAACUGGAAGGGAGCCAUGCGCACCACCGCCUACGUGCUGCUGGCGACCCUGGCCGCGACGAGCUUCUCCUUGAUCAUCACGGCGUGCGUCCAGUGCCAACCUAUUGCGUACUGGUGGGACCGGACGAUACCUGGCGGAAAGUGUGUCGACGUUCAGGCCUUUUUCCAUGCACAGAGCAUUCCGGGCUUUGUGCUGGACUUUUUCAUCAUGGCCUUGCCACUGAGGACUAUCUGGGACCUGAAGCUGCCGACGCACAAGCGCGUCGCCCUCAUCGGCAUUUUCAUGAUUGGAAGUUUCGGCAUUGUAGCCAGCAUCAUAAGAGCCGUCACUUUCUUCAGCAACUCUGCUUUUUCGGACCGUACAUGGGCAUCCGUCGAUCUCAUCGGCUGGAGCAUCAUCGAAACGGGAACCUACAUCAUUGCAGCCUGCCUCCCUCACCUCCGACCAAUGAUCUCACACUACACGCCGCCCUGGCUCAAGUCCAUGGUGCGCAAGACGAUAUCGCAAGCCAGCAACUCCAUGUCCAAGGUGACCAACUCCAAGAACCACACACAUCUACGACGAGGCGACGACGAGGUGGAGCUCACCGCACGAUCGAAGAAGCAGACGGUAGACACGGAGAGCGAUGGUACUGGGGACGAGGAGCGCGGGUACGCCAGAGGGGUAGGAUCGCCAACGUCGGGUAUGACUGUCGAGGUGCGGAAAUCGGAUGAUCUAGUCAGCGGGGACUGGGCCAAACAGGGCCAGAUCCGAGUGACGACUGAAGUCAAAAUGGAGAGGGUACGGUCGUCGGCCGUUUUGAGGCAUCCAGACUCAUGA